AUGUCGGUUCACUCAAAUACUGAGACUGUAGUUUAUGGACAAGUCCAUAAUCUACAAAGCAUCGCUGUGACAACCUUAGCUCCACGCAAAGAUGGAUACUGGGUGAUCUACAUCCACGGCGGUGCCUGGCGGGAUCCGGCGGUUACAUCAGCGUCCUUCGAUGCCACGGAAUCCAUACUUCGCAAGAAAGGCCUACCUAUUGCCGGCUUCGCCUCGAUCUCAUACCGUCUCAGCGCUCACCCAAAUCACCCACAAGAUCCAAGCACUACCGACCCGAAGGACUUCCAAGAUGCGAAACACCCUGAACAUAUCGCCGACGUGGAGGUAGCACUCGCAUUGCUCCAGAAUAAAUACGGGUUCGGUGCGCGUUACAUCCUGGUUGGCCACAGUUGCGGCGCAACGCUGGCCUUCCAAGCUGUGAUGGGCGCGGUCUCGGGUCAUCGUGAACAGACUACAUUGACAGCGCAGCCCACUGCCAUUGUCGGUGUGGCGGGGAUCUACGAUCUGCGACGGCUGCGGGAUACCCAUGUUGACAUCUCGGCUUACCAGGAAUUUAUUGAGGGGGCUUUUGGGGCGGAUGAGAUGCUCUGGGACGGGGUAUCGCCGGCCCAGGUGACUGGCACUCGUGGAGUAGAAGGCGGGUGGAAGUCUGGAAGAUUGGCUGUCCUGGCGUAUUCCAAGGACGAUGGGUUGGUAGACGGGUCUCAAGUAGAGGUCAUGAAGGAGGCUUUGGGCAACUGGGAGAAGACAGAGGCACAGAUAUCCACGCAAGAGGAUUCAACCCGUGAUAGACGGCUCCGUAUCUUGUCGAUCGGCGGUGUUCAUGAUGAGGCAUGGGAGAAUGGCGAGCAACUGGCUCGUGCGGUAACGUUUACAUUCGAACAAUUGCAGGAAAUGAAGCUGGCCCCGUAG